AUGGCGAGCAAAGCUGGGCAAGUUAUCAAAUGCAGAGCUGCCGUGGCAUGGGAGGCAGGGAAGCCGCUUGUGAUUGAGGAGGUGGAGGUAGCGCCUCCUCAGGCAAUGGAGGUUCGCUUGAAGAUCCUUUUCACUUCUCUUUGCCACACUGAUGUCUACUUCUGGGAAGCCAAGGGCCAGACGCCGGUCUUUCCGAGGAUCUUCGGUCAUGAAGCGGGAGGAAUUGUUGAGAGCAUUGGCGAGGGCGUGACGGAUCUUGCUCCUGGAGAUCAUGUCCUUCCAGUUUUUACUGGAGAAUGCAAAGAGUGUGAACAUUGCAAGUCUGAGGAGAGCAAUAUGUGCUCCCUACUGAGAAUCAACACAGAGAGGGGCGUUAUGAUUAAUGAUGGUGAAUCAAGGUUCUCGAUUAAUGGAAAGCCUGUCUAUCAUUUUCUUGGAACCUCAACUUUCAGUGAGUACACUGUAGUUCAUUCUGGUUGCGUUGCUAAGAUCAAUCCUGAGGCACCACUUGAUAAAGUUUGUGUUCUUAGUUGUGGCAUCUCAACUGGCCUUGGUGCUACAUUGAAUGUUGCAAAACCACCAAAGGGUUCAACUGUUGCUGUGUUUGGCUUGGGAGCCGUAGGUCUUGCUGCUGCAGAGGGAGCUAGGAUUGCGGGAGCCUCAAGAAUUAUUGGCGUUGAUGUGAAUCCUAAGAGGUUCGAUGAAGCAAAGAAAUUUGGUGUCAAUGAAUUUGUCAAUCCAAAAGACUAUGACAGACCAGUACAAGAGGUGCUUGCUGAGAUGACUGGUGGAGGAGUUGAUCGAAGCAUUGAGUGCACUGGGAAUAUUGGUGCCAUGAUAUCUGCAUUUGAAUGUGUUCAUGAUGGAUGGGGUGUUGCUGUUUUGGUUGGCGUGCCUAACAAAGAUGCCGUCUUCCAGACCCACCCCUUGAAACUCCUCAACGAAAGGAAUCUCAAGGGAACUUUCUUUGGAAACUACAAGCCUCGCUCUGAUCUCCCUUCGGUCGUUGAGAAGUACAUGAACAAGGAGCUGGAGCUGGAGAAGUUCAUAACUCAUGAAGUACCUUUUUCUGAGAUUAACAAGGCCUUCGACUAUAUGCUUCAGGGGGAAGGUCUCCGCUGUAUCAUCCGCAUGGAUGCUUGAAGACUUUUAUCU